AUGCUACAAGAAGACGAAGGUGGCGGUGAUUGUUCAUUGUUACCACCUAUGAAGAAAAGGCGAGAAGAAGAAAUGGAUCCGAUCUCUGAUCUUCCCGACCCCAUUGUCCACCACAUCAUGUCAUACCUUCCAACCAAAGACCUCAAAAACAUUUCGAUCUUGUCCAAGAGAUUUUUCUUCCUAUGGACCUCGUAUCCCAUCAUUGAUUUCGAUGAAUCAACGUUCAACUUCAAUCGGCCAUCUCAAGGUACGUCCGCCUCUAUAACGGAUGAAUUUAUGGAUCACAUUCAUAAUUCGAUUCGGUUGCGUAGAAGUAGAAUGGAUUAUACAGCUAUAUCUGAAUUUAGGGUUAACGCUAAUCUGAAAGGAAUAUCCGUUGAUCAUAGGUUGGAUUCCGCGAUCUCCUUUGCACUAGAAAAUGGGGUUAAGUUAAUUGAUCUUAAUUUAGGGUUUACAACGUAUCAGUUUCCUGUUUCUUUUGCUUCCAGAUCGAUUAAUGUAUUGAGGUUAACAGGGUUAAAGUUAGAUCCAUGUAACCUAAUUCUUUCGUGUCCUUCUUUGAAGACUUUGUCUCUAACUUCAUGUGAAAUCUUACGAAACAUCGAGUUUUACAGCCAAACCCUUAGAGAAAUCGAGCUUCAUUGUUGUGUUGUUGAGUUUAUAAAGAUCAAGGCUCCAAAACUUCAUUCGUUUUCCUUUGAUUCGGGCACGAAAAACCCUAAGCCUUGUAAGAUUGAUGUUUUGCAGUGUCAAAACAUCGUGUAUUUUUCAUUAAACAAUGUUGUAAACGGUCUUGAUUGGGUAGAAGAACAUACAUCCACAUUAGGUACACUUAAAACCUUCAUUCUCAAUGGAUGUGAAGACAUCGAAAACAUUCAUGUUUGGAAUGAGAAAGUAGAAAGAGUUGAGAUUGGAAAUUGCCCAUUACUAACUUCGAUCAGUGUUAUGGCACAUUCCCUUGAAUCUUUUGAGUACAAAGGGAGUACUGAUGAUGAUCACAGGAUUUCCAACAUUAGUUUGAUAGCUUCAAGAUCCAUCAAAGAUCUGUACAUAGAGAAUGCAGUCAUUACGGAUGAAUGGUUAGAAGCUCUAGUUUCUACAUUGUGUUGUCUCGAGAGUCUAAGGCUCAAGGGUUGUAAUUCCUUGAAGAAUAUUGUGGUUUUUCAUGAGAAGCUUCGGAUUCUUGAGUUAGUAAACUGCCUUGAUUUAAAAGAAGCCGAAAUUGACACACCACAAUUGGUUUCGUUUGUGUAUUUUGGGAAUAUGAUCGAGUUUGAGAAGAUGGUUACUCGAAGUAUUUGUACUGCAACUCUAUCUAUAAAACCAUGGAUUUCUUACAACAAUGAAUCAUUUUAUGGAUGGAGGAAGUUGCUUUCGUUUUUUGGUCAUUGCAAGGCUUUGAAAUUGAUUUGCAAUUGUGAGAAGGAACUGAUGAUGCCUGAAGAUUUGAGGGAGAAAUUACUUCCACCAUUGUAUGAUCUUCAAUGCUUGGAAGUAGAAAUAAAAUCAUUAGAGAGAAUCGAAACAGAUCUGGUGGACAGCUUGCUAUGGUUUUCACCUCUUCCAAACACGAUAAGUUUAUUUGCUGCUUCUUCAUCACGUUCCCAGCUGCAAAUGAUCAUGAAGUUUGUGUAUGAUGAGACGAUCAAAGAAGAAGAAGAAAAAGAAGUAGAAGAAGAGGAUAAAAAGAAAUUAUGUUGCAAAAGUAAACCUGUAAAAUGCUGGAGGCAUAACUUAAGGAGGCUGGAUAUUCAAACAACGGAUGUCUCUCCCAAAUAUGGAUCACUCAAAUUGCAGAAAUAUUUUCUUACCAAUGCUAUGAUGUUGGAGUCUCUUUCUUUCAAUAUAGGUUUCAAUUAA